AUGUCCUCUCGCAUAGUUGGAAAUGACCCCAAAACCUUCACAGAUAACUUCGCAAUCGAGGAGCUCUACAAAGCAGUCCUCAGGUUCCAGCGCAAUGUUCUCAAUUGGAGUAGAGAGAUCGGUUUGGACAUGAACGUUGAAGAGGCUGGUGAUAUUGGGAAACAAGGACUACCUGAUCUGCCCGGUUGGGUGUUGGGAGAAGAAAUUAAGAGAAGCAAGCACGGUGACGAUUGGUUGCAGUGGAGCAAGUAG